AUGAUACUACAUGUCGUACCCAAACGGAGGAGGAUAACCUGGAGGUACAACAGAGUCUGGCGGAGGGACCAGAAGUGGACAAGAGAGGAGCAGACCCAGCAGCAGAAGACACCACCCAACACCCCAGUGACCAGUGACGGACCCACCAAGGCGCCACCUGUCCCAGAACCCAAACAGAAGCAGACCAAGCAGCAGAAGACACCACCCACCACCCAGGUGACCAGUGACGGACCCACCAAGGUGCCACCUGUCCCAGAACCCAAACAGCCUGAGCCACCACAGUUCCUGAGGACCUACUGGAGAACCAACCGGGUGUGGAGACGGGACAUGGUGUGGACCAGAAAGUCAUCGGUAGAGCCAGAGGCCAAGACUGCUGUUGCUGAGGCUGACCCACCCUCUCCCACUGUUGAGACUGGACUCUGUGAGGUACAGACUGAUGUCACCACUCGAUCUUCCCUGGGUGAAGACGUCCCUUCCAGACGUUCCUCCUCGACUGAUGAGUCGUAUCCCACCCCACCCUCCGAUUGCGGAUCUACCCCACAUGCUGAGAUUCCUCUCAACUCUUCCUCUGACAAGCCUACAGCUGCCACUGACAGGAAAGAUAUAAUCUAA